AUGGAUAAAUAUAAUUUUAGUAAUACGAAUUUAGCCAAUUCAAAUAGUCUUCAAAAUAGUAUAAAUAGUAAUAAUGUAAAUGGAGUUUCCUCAAAUAGUAUGAAUAGUAAUAAUAAUAAUAAUAAUAAUAAUAACAAUAGUAACAACAAUAAUGGGAACAACAAUAACAAUAACAGCAGCAACAAUAAUGAUGGCAAUAAAAAUAACGAAAGACAUCAAAAUAAAAAGAAAGAAAAAUUUAACAAUAAAUCUAAAGCAUUCUUUACAGAAGAAAGACAUAGAGAUAAUGCAACACCGGAUUUACAAAAGACCAAAAUUGCUAAAUGGAGAAUGAGAGAAAGGAUGAAAACAGUUUCAGUUGCAUUGGUAUUAUGUUUAAAUAUUGGCGUAGAUCCACCAGAUGUUAUUAAAACAUAUCCAUGUGCAAGAAUGGAAUGUUGGAUAGAUCCUGCAUCACAACCACCACAAAAAUCAUUAGAUUUAAUUGGUAAAACAUUACAAGCCCAGUACGAAAAAUGGCAAUCAAAAGCAAGAUACAAACAAUGUUUAGAUCCAACAGUAGAGGAAGUUAAAAAACUUUGUCUUUCAUUAAGAAGAAAUGCAAAAGAAGAAAGAGUAUUGUUUCACUAUAAUGGUCACGGUGUACCAAAGCCAACUACCAACGGUGAAAUCUGGGUAUUUAAUAGAAAUUUUACACAGUAUAUCCCAUUGUCUAUUUAUGAACUUCAAACAUGGAUGGGUACCCCAAGUAUUUAUGUAUUUGAUUGUUCAGCUGCAGGUUUAAUUAUAAAUUGGUUCAAUCAAUUUGCAGAACAGCGUGAUAAAGAAUUGGAGCGUUUUAAUAAUAAUAGUCAACAACCACAAUCCCAAUCACAACAGCAGGGUGGUUCAAAUACACCUCAAAAUGUAAACUCUAAUAAUAAUUCAAGUAAUAAUAGUAAUACAAAUAGCCCAAAUAUGAGCAGCAACAGUGCAAAUAAUGCUCAAUCAGCUCAAUCUCAUCAGCGUGAUUGUAUUCUUUUAGCAGCAUGUAGCGCAAAUGAAAUUUUACCAAUGAAUCCAGAUUUUCCAGCCGAUAUGUUUACAGCAUGCUUAACUACUCCUAUUCGAAUCGCAUUAAGAUGGUUUUGCAGCCACUCAAUUCUUACUGGUAUUACUCCAGAUAUGUUAGACCGUAUUCCAGGCAAUCUUAGUAGUAGACGUACACCCUUGGGUGAGUUAAAUUGGAUUUUUACUGCAGUUACCGAUACCAUUGCAUGGAAUGUGCUCCCAAGACAUUUGUUCCAAAAACUUUUCCGUCAAGAUCUUUUGGUAGCUUCUCUCUUUAGAAAUUAUUUGCUUGCUGAGCGUAUUAUGAGAUCUGCAAAUUGUACACCUAUCUCAUGUCCAAGAUUACCUCCAACAUAUCAACAUCCAAUGUGGCAAGCUUGGGAUUUAGCAGCAGAUCUUGUAAUUUCUCAAUUGCCAACACUUUUAGCAGAUCCAAAUGCUGAAUUUAAAUCAAGUCCAUUCUUUAGUGAACAAUUAACUGCUUUUGAAGUUUGGUUAGAAUUUGGAUCAGAACAAAAAGAACCACCUGCUCAAUUACCAAUUGUAUUACAGGUUUUACUUAGCCAAGCUCAUCGUUUAAGAGCUUUGGUACUCUUAGGUAAAUUCCUUGACCUUGGUCCAUGGGCUGUAAAUUUGGCUUUGUGUGUUGGAAUCUUCCCAUAUGUAUUAAAAUUACUUCAAUCACCAGCUGGCGAUCUUCGUCACAUCCUCGUUUUCAUUUGGGCUAAAAUAUUGGCACUCGAUAAAUCAUGUCAAUUAGAUUUGGUUAAAGAAAAUGGUCAUGCUUAUUUUAUUAGUGUAUUAAGUUCACCAUCAAUCCCAGCCGAUCAAAGAACAAUGUCUGCAUUUGUACUUUCAACCAUUUGCAAUAAUUGUAGACCUGGUCAAAAUGCAUGUCUUAUUGGAAAUCUUUUACCAAUUUGUUUAUCACAACUUAGUGACCCAGAUCCUAUGGUUCGUCGUUGGAUGAUUCUUUGUAUGGCCAAAAUGUGGGAAAAUUUCGAAGAGGCCAAAUGGGCAGCAAUUAAAGAAUGUGCACAUGAGAAGCUUUGUCUUCUUUUAACUGAUGUUUGCCCAGAGGUUAGAGCAAGUGCUGUUGUUGCAUUGGGUGAGUUAAUAGGUGGAGCAGAAGGAAGCGAACAAAGAACUAAUAUCGAGUUAAAUCUUGCACUUACUCUUGCUGUUAUUACUGCUGAUUGUUCCCCAAUGGUUAGGAAAGAGUUGGUAAUUGCUCUCUCUAGAAUCGUUUCAUCAUAUGAAGGUAAUUUUAUUUCAGUAGCACAAGAAAUUGCACAUGAAGAAAGACAAAGAGCUAUUUUUGAAGCCAAACGUUUAGAAGAAUUAAGAAAAUCAAAGAAAAGACCAAUAUCAAAAGGUCCAGAUACCGAUCUUUCAAAUAGUGAUCUCUAUAGUAAUGGUCCACAAUCAAGUGUUUAUGGUUGCAUUUGGAAGAUUAUAUUAAAUCUUUGUACAGACCCAUUUGAUCAAGUUGCUAAUCGUGCCCAAUCGAUCGUAAAGAGAAUUUCAUCUAAAUUUGCAUUAGAAGAACUCGUUUCACAUAAUUUAAUCAAUCGUACAAAUUUCAAUGGAAACGUAAAUCAAUAUUAUCUUAAUAAUAGCAGUGGUGGUAUUGGUGGCGUUGGGUUAAAUAAUAGUAAUGGUGGCAACUUUAAUGUAAACUCUUUAAAUAAUAGUAAUGGUGGUGGCGGUGGUGGUUUAAAUAGCAGCACCAGCUCAAUUAGAAAUACAAUUGUAAAUAUUUCUCGUAUUACAAAUAGAGACCCAAGAUCACCAGCUAAAACAAAACUCGGUGCUCAAAGAUCACCAAUUUUAACUUCAUCAAACAGCCAAGUCAACAAUAGUGGUAAUAUGGUUAAUAAUUUAAAUAAUAGUAAUAGUAGUAAUGGUUUUUAUAGUAAUAAUUCAAAUUUAAAUUCAUCAGCUAAUAUUGGCGGUGUUGGUAAUUUAUCAAAUACUUUUUCAUCAAUCUCAUUAAGUGGUUCAUUGGGUGGUAAUAGUAGAUCAAGAAUGUCCUCAUCCACUCCAGGUAAUCAAUCUUUACCAAAUGACUUUUUAAUAUCCGAUAUGAUGCCAUUUGAAGAAGAUGAACUUUAUUCAGAUUACUAUGAAUGGAGCUGUAAUUAUUUCUCUAAACCAAUGAUGCAAUCAAUUGGUGAAGACUCCGAAUCAUUUGAAUCUGUAGAGAAGAAAUGGAAGCGUAUAAGAAACGAAGGUAUUAUUCAAGAAUCUAAAGAAUCAGUACAAACCAUUAUUAAUAAUCCACCCAAAACUUUUUCACAAAUGUCAAUUUUUGCAGAAAACAAUGGUCAACCAAUUUCCCACCUUCAAUUCCAUCCAUUCGAAAAUGUUUUAAUUGUAUCAGAUGGUCUUGAAAAUAUUAGUAUUUGGAACUAUGAUGAAGGUCAACGUAUAAACGCUUUUAACAAUUGUAAUAUGCCAGGUACCAAAAUUACUACAAUGAGAUUAGUAAACGAUUACGAAUCAUCAAUGAUUAUAACAGCAGCCGACGAUGGUGUAGUUAGACUUUGGAGGGGUUAUGAAAGUAAUGAAACACUCAAAAUGGUUUCAAGUUGGAGAGCAUUCCCAGAAUUUGCAACCACUGGUAAUGAACCAAUUGGCCGUCUGGUUUUGGAUUGGAAAGGUGACAGUGGUUUGGUAAUGGUAUCAGGUGAAACACCUGAUUGUCCUAAAAUUAGAAUUUGGGAUAUCGAAAGAGAAUUGGGUAUUCAAGAUAUAUUAAUUGGCACAGAAAGUGUUGUAACUUGUAUGACCAAUGAAAAAAGAGGUCCAUUAUUUGCUGCAGGUUUCUCUGAUGGUUUGGUUAAAUUAUUCGAUCAAAGAGUUCAAAGUAAAUAUAGCUGUGUCUCUACUUUAACCGAACAUAAAUCAUAUAUUGUCAAUAUUUCAAUGCCAGGAAGUCUUGGUGGUAAAACUGUUGUAUCUAGUAGUAGUACAGGGGAAAUUAAAUUCUGGCAACAUACUUAUGAAUGUUCAUCAAAUACUAUACUCAAUAAUGAUGUCAUUUCUUCAUUUACAGUCCACGAUAAUGCUCCAUUAAUUGCCACUGGUUCUCAAAAUCAAAGAAUUAAAAUUAUGAAUUUUACUGGUGAAGAAGUUUGUACAAUUAGAUAUCAUGAUGGUUUCUUAGGUCAAAGAAUUGGUCCAGUAUCUUGUUUAGCAUUCCAUCCAUAUAAUAUUUUAAUGGGUGCUGGUGCAACCGAUUCAAUUGUUAGUAUUUAUAAUGGUGAUUCAAAUAAAAAUAAAACUGUAGAUUGGUAA